AUGUUUUCUCUGUUUUCUUUAUUCCUUGUUUCUCUUUUUAUCUUUCCUCAUUGCUUUAACUUUUUUUUUAUCAUUCCCUUUUCUUCCAACAAUUUUCUCUCUCUUUCACUCAUGCAUUCCCCCUUCACCAUUUUUCUCUCUCUCUCUCGUCCUUUCCCUCUCGUCUCCUCUCCGUCUCCUUCUCCUUUCCCGUCUCUCUCGUCUCCUUUCCCCGUCCACUCUCGUCUCCUUUCCCGUCACUCUCUCGUCUCCUUUCCCGUCACUCUCUCGUCUCCUUUCCCGUCACUCUCUCGUCUCCUUUCCCGUCACUCUCGUCUCUUUCCGUCCUCUCGUCUCCUUUCCGUCCUCUCUCGUCUCCUUUCCCGUCUCACUCUCUCGUCUCCUUUCCCGUCACUCUCUCGUCUCCUUUCCCGUCUUUCACUCUCUCGUCUCCUUUCCCGUCUUUCACUCUCUCGUCUCCUUUCCCGUCUUUCACUCUCUCGUCUCCUUUCCCGUCUUUCUCCGUCUCCUUUCCCGUCUUUCUCUCUCGUCUCCUUUCCCGUCUUUCCUCUCUCGUCUCCUUUCCGUCUUUUCUCUCUCGUCUCCUUUUCUCUUUUUCCCGUCUUCUCUCCCCUUUCUCUCCGUCUCCUUUUCUUUCUCUCUCCCUCGUCUCCUUUCCCGUCUUUCUCUCUCCCUCUCGUCUCUCCUUUCCGUCUUUCUCUCCCUCUCGUCUCCUUCCCGUCUUUCUCUCUCCCUCUCGUCUCCUUUCCGUCUUUUCUCUCCCUCUCGUCUCCUUUCCCGUCUUUUCUCUCUCUCUCGUCUCCCUUUCCGUCUUCCGCUCUCCCUCUCUCGUCUCCUUUCCCGUCUUCGCUCUCCCUCUCGUCUCCUUUCCCGUCUUUCGCUCUCCCUCUCGUCUCCUUUCCCGUCUUUCGCUCUCUCUCUCGUCUCCUUUCCCGUCUUUCGCUCUCUCUCUCGUCUCCUUUCCCGUCUUUCGCUCUCUCUCUCGUCUCCUUUCCGUCUUUUCGCUCUCUCUCGUCUCCUUUCCGUCUUCGCUCUCUCUCCGUCUCCUUUCCGUCUUCGUCUCCUCUCUCUCUCGUCUCCUUUCCGUCUUCGCUCUCUCUCUCGUCUCCUUUCCGUCUUCGCUCUCUCUCUCGUCUCCUUUCCGUCUUCGCUCUCUCUCUCGUCUCUCCUUUCCGUCUUUCGCUCUCUCUCUCUCUCCUUUCCCGUCUUCGCUCUCUCUCUCGUCUCCUCCCUCUUCGCUCUCUCUCUCUCUCCCUCUCCGUCUCCUCUCUCUCUUUCCCGUCUUUCUCUCUCUCUCUCCUUUCCCUCUUCGCUCUCCUCUUCGUCUCUUUUCCCGUCUUUCUCUCUCUCUCUCCCUCGUCUCCUUUCCCGUCUUUCGCUCUCUCUCUCUCCCUCUCGUCUCCUUUCCCGUCUUUCGCUCUCUCUCUCUCUCUCGUCUCCUUUCCGUCUUUGGCUCUCUCUCUCUCCCUCUCGUCUCCUUUCCGUCUUUCUCUCUCUCUCUCUCCUCUCGUCUCCUUUCCGUCUUUCGCUCUCUCUCUCUCCCUCUCGUCUCCUUUCCGUCUUCGCUCUCUCUCUCUCCCUCUCGUCUCCUUUCCCGUCUUUCGCUCUCUCUCUCCCUCGCGUCUCCUUUCCGUCUUCGCUCUCUCUCUCUCCUCUCGUCUCCUUUCCGUCUUCUCUCUCUCUCCCUCUCGUCUCCUUUCCCGUCUUUCGCUCUCUCUCUCUCCCUCUCGUCUCCUUUCCCGUCUUUCGCUCUCUCUCUCUCCCUCUCGUCUCCUUUCCCGUCUUUCGCUCUCUCUCUCUCCCUCUCGUCUCCUUUCCCGUCUUUCGCUCUCUCUCUCUCCCUCCCGUCUCCUUUCCGUCUUUCGCUCUCUCUCUCUCUCCGUCUCUCCUUUCCGUCUUUGGCUCUCUCUCUCUCCCUCCGUCUCCUUUCCCGUCUUCGCUCUCUCUCUCUCCCCUCCCGUCUCCUUUCCCGUCUUCGCUCUCUCUCUCUCCCUCCGUCUCCUUUCCCGUCUUCGCUCUCUCUCUCUCUCUCCCGUCUCCUUUCCCGUCUUUUCGCUCUCUCUCUCUCCCUCCCGUCUCCUUUCCGUCUUCGCUCUCUCUCUCUCUCCCUCCCGUCUCCUUUCCGUCUUUCUCUCUCUCUCCCUCCGUCUCCUUUUCCGUCUUUCGCUCUCUCUCUCUCUCCCUCCGUCUCCUUUCCCGUCUUCGCUCUCUCUCUCUCCUCCCGUCUCCUUUCCGUCUUCGCUCUCUCUCUCUCCCUCCGUCUCUCCUUUCCGUCUUUCGCUCUCUCUCUCCCCUCCCGUCUCCUUUUCCUUUCUUCUCUCUCUCUCUCCCUCCCGUCUCCUUUCCGUCUUCGCUCUCUCUCUCUCCCUCCGUCUCCUUUCCCGUCUUUCGCUCUCUCUCUCCCUCCCGUCUCCUUUCCCGUCUUCUCUCUCUCUCUCUCCUCCCGUCUCCUUUCCCGUCUUCUCUCUCUCUCUCUCCCUCCGUCUCCUUUCCGUCUUCGCUCUCUCUCUCUCUCCUCCGUCUCCUUUCCCGUCUUCUCUCUCUCCUCCGUCUCCUUUCCCGUCUUCGCUCUCUCUCUCCCCCGUCUCCUUUCCGUCUUUCGCUCUCUCUCUCUCCCUCCCGUCUCCUUUCCCGUCUUUCGCUCUCUCUCUCUCCCUCCCGUCUCCUUUCCCGUCUUUCGCUCUCUCUCUCUCCCUCCCGUCUCCUUUCCCGUCUUUCGCUCUCUCUCUCCCUCCCGUCUCCUUUUCCGUCUUCUUCUCUCUCUCUCUCCCUCCGUCUCUCCUUUCCCGUCUUUCGCUCUCUCUCUCUCCCUCCGUCUCCUUUCCCGUCUUUUCGCUCUCUCUCUCCCUCCGUCUCCUUUCCCGUCUUCGCUCUCUCUCUCUCCCUCCGUCUCCCUUUCCCGUCCGCUCUCUCUCUCUCUCUCUCUCCUUUUCCCCUUGUCUUUCUCACUCUCUCUCUGUCCCUCCUCUGCUCUCCUUUCUCUCUCUUCUCUCUCUCUCUCUCCCUCCCGUCUCCUUUCCCGUCUUUCGCUCUCUCUCUCUCUCUCUGUCCCGUUCCUCUGCUCUCUUGUCUUUCUCACUCUCUCUCUGUCCCGUUCCUCUGCUCACCUGUUUCUCUCUCUCUCUCUCUGUCCCGUUCCUCUGCUCACCUGUUUCUCUCUCUCUCUCUGUCCCGUUCCUCUGCUCACCUGUUUCUCUCUCUCUCUCUGUCCCGUUCCUCUGCUCACCUGUUUCUCUCUCUCUCUCUCUGUCCCGUUCCUCUGCUCACCUGUUUCUCUCUCUCUCUCUCUGUCCCGUUCCUCUGCUCACCUGUUUCUCUCUCUCUCUCUCUGUCCCGUUCCUCUGCUCACCUGUUUCUCUCUCUCUCUCUGUCCCGUUCCUCUGCUCACCUGUUUCUCUCUCUCUCUCAACCCUUUUCCUUUGCUUUCACAAUUCCUCCUACACUUUUCUGUCUUUCUCUCUCCCUUUCCCUCGAUUGACGCUCUAUCCCACGCUUUACGCUCUCUCCCUCGCUUUAUGCUCUAUCCCUCUCUCCCUCGCUUUACACUCUCACUCCCUUUCCCUGGCUUUACGCUCUCACUCUCUCUCCCUUUCCAUCGCUCUACGCUCUCACUCUCUCUCCCUUUCCCUCGCUCUACGCUCUCACUCUCUCUCUCUUUCCCUCGCUCUACGCUCUCACUCUCUCUCUCUUUCCCUCGCUCUACGCUCUCACUCUCUCUCUCUUUCCCCGCUCUCUCUCUCUCUCUCUCUCCCUUUCCCUAGCUCUGCUCUCCUCUCUCUCCCUUUCCCCGCUCUUGCCCUCUCUCUCUCCCUUUCCCUCGCUCUAUGCUCUCACUCUCUCUCCCUUUCCCUCGCUCUAUGCUCUCCAUCUCUCUCUCCUUUCCCUGCUCUAUGCUCUCUCUCUCCCUUUCCUAGCUUCGCUCUCAGUCUCUCUCCCCUUUCCCUCGCUCUCCAGUCUCUCCCCCCCUUUCCCUCGCUCUCAGUCUCUCUCCCCUUUCCCUCGCUCUCAGUCUCUCUCCCCUUUCCCUCGCUCUCGGUCUCUCUCCCCCUUUCCCUCGCUUUCCGGUCCCCCUUUCCCUCGCUUUCCGGUCUCGCUCUAUCCCUUUUCUCUUGCUUUUUCGUCUCUCUUUCUCUCCCCCUUUCCCGUCUCUCUUUCUCUCCCCCUUUCCCGUCUCUCUUUCUCUCUCCCUUUCCCGUCUCUCUUUCUCUCUCCCUUUCCCGUCUCUCUUUCUCUCUCCCUUUCCCGUCUCUCUUUCUCUCCCCCUUUCCCGUCUCUUUUCACAGUAAUUAUUCUCUUAAUCAUUUUCACAUUCUUUUUCUCGAGUUUGCUAUAUUCUCUUUCCCUUCUAUCGCACUGCAUAUCCCUUUACCGUCCAUUUUAUUUUUCUGUUUUCUUCUCAAAACUCCUCUUUCAAUCUGA